CACUCGGCUGGGGCGAACACCAAGGCUCCACUUCAAGUUGUGGAUGAUAUUAGCCUAUAUCUUUAUAUUAACUAUUUUUUCAUUUAGGGUAAACGAGUAACAUUUACAGAAUAAUAUAUAUUUAAAAGUAAUGAUUUUCUAACUGAAACCCUGUUUGGUUAUGGAGUGCGUUUUGGUCAUGGAGUGCGCAUUUUUGUAGUAUAGUCCGUCGCUCAGAUGGACCUCCGAGGCGCGAAGAGACGGCUUGGGGGGACAUGGCAGGUGAUAUGCCUAGCUCUCGUCGUAUGUGUCCUGGAUUUAGUUUGGGCUCAGAUUCGUUAUUCAAUCCCCGAGGAACUGGAACAUGGCUCUUUUGUUGGAAAUAUAGCCGAGGACUUGGGCUUAGACGUUGAGAGACUUUCUGUGCGCAGGUUCAGAAUAGUUUCAGGCGCAAAAAAGCAAUACCUGGAGGUGAAUUUAGAAAAUGGUAUUUUAUUUGUAAACGAAAUAAUUGAUCGAGAGGAACUAUGUGAACAGAGUCUGUCUUGCUCUUUCCAUUUGCAAGUGGUAAUCGAAAACCCAUUGGAACUGUACAGGGUUGAGGUGGAGAUUUUAGAUGUGAACGAUAACUCACCCAGUUUUCCGUGGAGUGAGUUUAAUUUGGAUAUAUCCGAGUCGGCGGUACCCGGGUCCCGCUUCCCACUAGAGAGCGCGCAGGACUCGGACGUUGGCAGCAACUCGCUCCGCUCCUAUCUGCUGAGUGUGAACGAACAUUUCGUCCUGGACAUCCAGACGCGUAGUGAUGGCAGUAAGUUUGCGGAGUUGGUCCUGGAGAGCCCGUUGGACAGAGAGCAGCAGAAUACGCACCAAAUGGUGCUGACGGCUGUGGAUGGAGGCUCGACAGAGAGAUCCGGGACAGCACAGAUCAAUAUAACAGUUCUGGAUGCAAAUGACAACGCGCCAGUGUUCGACCAGUCUUUCUACAGAGUGAGGCUUGUGGAAAACGCACCGACGGGCACCAUUGUGAUAAAACUAAACGCAUCGGAUUUGGAUGAGGGUCCUAACGCGGAUAUCACAUACUCUUUCAGCGGGCAUGCUCCCAUAAAAGUGCGCGAGCUUUUCAGUGUAGAUUCGCGCACUGGAGAGAUCAGAGUGAAAGGGGUCGUAGAUUAUGAAAAGGCCAGAAUGCAUGAGAUAUAUGUGCAAGCCAAGGACAAGGGCCCAUCGGCAGUGGCCGUGCACUGUAAAGUUCUGGUGAAUAUCUUAGAUGUGAAUGACAACCUCCCGGAGGUGAUCUUGACAUCAGUGUCCACACCUGUCCAAGAGGACGCACCACCGGGGACAGUGAUAGCUGUCAUCAGCGUCAUGGACAAGGACUCAGGUGAAAAUGGGAAUGUUGACUGUGAAAUUCCACAUCAUGUCCCCUUCCAGCUCCACUCCUCUUUUAAGAACUAUUACACUUUAGUUACUUGUGAUUUUUUGGACAGGGAGACUGUGCCAGAGUACAACAUCACUCUCACAGCAAGAGAUAUGGGCGCGCCUCCCUUGUUCACAAGGAAAACUAUUUUAGUUCAAGUGUCAGACAUGAAUGACAACGCACCCCGAUUCAAGCAGCCAUCAUACACCGUCUAUUUGACAGAGAAUAACGCACCAGGAGCCUCAAUUUGCUCGGUUGCUGCCCUGGAUCCAGAUUCGGACCAAAAUGCCUAUCUCUCUUACUCUAUUCUGGAAGGUGAUAUACAGGGGAUGCCCGUGUCCACCUACGUCUCCAUAAACUCAGACAACGGGAAUAUUUACGCACUGCGUUCUUUUGACCAUGAGCAGCUAAGAAACUUUCAGAUUUUAGUCCAAGCACAAGAUGCCGGUUUUCCACCCCUGAGCACCAAUGUUACCGCAAAUGUCUUUAUUUUGGACCAAAAUGACAAUGCACCAGUCAUAGUAGCACCUGUACCCCAAAACGGCACGGCGGCGACUGAAGUGUUGGCAAGGUCAGUUGAUGCUGGUUAUCUUGUGGCAAAAAUCAGUGCAAUGGACGCAGACGCAGGUCAAAACUCGCGUCUGUUCUACCAGGUGCUCCAGGCAAGCGACCCAAGCCUGUUUAGCGUGGCCCUGUACACGGGCGAAAUCAGGACGAUUCGCCGAUUGGUGGAAAAAGACCCCAUAAGGCAAAGGCUGGUCAUUCUGGUCAAGGACAACGGUCAGCCACCCCUUUCGGCCACAGUUUCCAUCAUCCUGUCAGUUGUUGACAACGUGCCAGAAUCGCUGCCUGAUUUCGGCGACCUCACACUGAGCCCCCAGUACCGCUCGAACCUCACGCUGUACUUAAUAGUGUCUCUGGGCGCUAUCUCGUUCACGUUUCUGCUGGCUAUUAUCGUCCUGGCCGCGAUAAAGGGAUACAGGGACAGACAUUCCAUUCGGGGGUAUAACUUCUCUCUGAGUGCAUGUUGCGGGUUCCGAUCAGAGGAGUCUACCGCUGAUGUGUUCAAGAAGUCCAACUUGAAGGUGCAGAUAACCACAGGCACCAAAGGAUCCACGAACUGCGUUGAGGCAAAUGGCAACGGCCCCCUUUCCCAGCCAUACUGCUACAAGAUGUGUCUGACUCCGGAAUCAUCCAAGAGCGAUUUCAUGUUCCUAAAGUCAUGCAAUCCGAUAACUGCGACUCCACAAAAGAAUAACGCCAAGGGCGCAGACUACCUCACAUCGGGUUGGAGCGCACAGGACUCCCGCAGUCUGAUAGUGAACAACCGAGCAACUAUUCCGAACGAGCUCAAGCAAGCGAACAUGGACUGGACAUCGACGAACAAUCAACACAAUUCAGCACACAAAAGCUUUAGCUCUGUCACCAUGGAGAGGACCAUCCCACGUAGACCCAGGCCAGACCCUGAUGGCUUCUCCUGCCCGGUGGCACCACAGUACUAUACCUGGGGUAAUCAUAUGCGUGCAGAAUACAAGAUGUCCUCCCAGGUCGGAGGGAUUGGAGGGGUAGGAAAUGUUGGAUGUGUAGGAGGGGUUCCAAACCGUUCGUGGACUCCGAGGUACACCCAGUCUCCACCUGCACAGCCACCACCUGACUACCAGCACAAUGUCUACAUCCCUGGCACACCGUCUGCCUACUGCACUCUGAAGCCUGCACCCAGGGGGGAACUGGAUGUCUACAACUCAUUCUCUACGUUUGGAAAAAAGAAGGGGUUCAUCUCUAGCUAUGACCCGAGCUGUGACCAGAGAGAGGACAACAUGAUAAACAAUGACUUUUUUAAAUGAAUAUAUUGGAAGAGACUGUGCAUACAAUUGAAUACAAUUUUCUGUGGAUGUUCAUUAACUAUUAAUAUCAUCAACCCAUAAAGUAUAACCCUCUGUGCACAAGGAGAAUGAAAAUAUUUUAGUUAUGUUUAGUAUGUUUGAAUCCAUGCUCCUUCGAACACAUAACUUAUAACAUUACAGUAUAGUAUUUUCUCUCAAUACAGCAGUGUCAUAAUGCUAUCUCUUUUAAUUAAUAUAAUGUACAGUUUUAGUUGAUAAUGAUAACGAUGGUGAUGAUGAGAAUGUGCAGAUAUAAGGGCAAUUAUAGCCACUUGUGGGGAUAAUGGUGAAAUUGAUCUGAGGAUCUCUGUUGCCAGCAGUUAUGGCAAAUUCUCCUAAUGCCUUGAGGGUUGCGUUGUGAAGAUUAUGCACGGCAUUCUGUUAGGCAAUCAUUUAAAAACAUGUAUAUCAUGUGAUUGUACUUUAUACCUUCAUGUUUGACCCGUUUGGCUUCUUAAACAUUUAUAUAUGUAUAAAAUCUGAGAUUACUGCUGA